AAUCCACACAAGCAUAAAACAAUUCAACAUCGUAAUACGUUUAAAUGCUCCGUGUAGAAUCUCUUUAAGCCACUUUUGAAAUCCCGACAGGCAACUUUUUUCGCUCUCCCUAUCUGGGGAGUUCGAUAAAUAACCUAAAAACCCGCGGAGAGAGAAGGUGUCCUCCUACUAGGAUUCGUUUGUUGGGUUGCAUAACGCCCAUUCGUGUCCGCCCAACUAGGCUCUGUGGCUCCGCCUUUAUGUGUCCGGCCAGUACUCAGAUGUUUGUCGUAAGUUGCCGCGUUAAGAUCGAUCGAUGUUUUAGUUUUGCUUGUUUAAGAUCGCGCUUGAAUUAGUUUUCCGGUGCAAAAAGAAAAUGACAUUAUGGCAGCUCUAGCUACCAACGUUAGUAUGAUACCGCAUCAUCUUACUUUUAGACCGCGCUUGAUCACACCUACAGACUCUAUGGAUUCGAGUAGUGAUCAUUUCGACGCGCAAAUCGAUCAGAACAGUUGUUCCAGUGACGAUACGGUGCUCUCGGUAGGCAACGAAACCGAAAAUCAGCCCCCGAACGUGCCAGAAAUCGCCGAGUCCACUUUGAGUUUCAAAAACAUCGAGAACCACUUGAACGCCCUAUCACAAAUCACAAACAACGAUUUGGUUCGAGCCUCAUCUAGUCCAGCCUCGUCCACGAACCGUCACAGACUCAGUCCGUCGAAUAGUAGCAGCGAUUGUCCGUCGCCGCCGAAUAGUUUUUUGUUUAAAAGUGAACACUUGGGUAGUUUUGGGUUUCGCAGUGAACAGUUGAAUUUUCGGACAGGAGAAACUAGUUCUAGUUUGUGUUCACCUCGGUCGGCUAAGAGCGAUGGCCGAGACAGUCCCCAUAGUCCUGGAUCAAGAUACCAAACGAGUCCAUUCUACUCGACCACCAGUCAUUCGUCGCAAAAAACCGCCCUGCAACCUCCCAGUCCUCAAAACACCGACCCGAACACCUCGAACGAAUCCGCCGCCUCGAUAAACCAGGCCAGCCUCAAAUUCUCCAUCGACAACAUCCUCAAGGCGGAUUUCGGUCGGAGCAGGAUCCUCGAUCCGAUAGCGAUCAGAAAAAGUAAACCGCCUCCGUGCCGACGUACCUCCUCCGCCUCAGAAAAACUAAGCGGUUUGCACGUGAGCGAUCAGAAUAAGCUCGGAGCCAGCUUUCCCGGCGAAUAUCGGUUGCAGGAGAAACCGCAGAAGGAGGCGAAAGCGGAUAAAGGGCCGGUUGAUUUGAGUCCUAAAGGAGGCGAUACUGGGAGCGAGAGUAAGAGCGAGGACGGUAAAGACGGACCGCCGAUUUUAUGGCCAGCUUGGGUGUAUUGUACUAGAUAUUCGGAUCGACCUAGUUCAGGUCCAAGAACGCGCCGAAUAAAAAAGCCAGGUACGAAACCGACAAUUCCAGAAGAGAAGCGUCCGCGAACGGCGUUUUCCGGUGCCCAAUUGGCCCGGCUCAAAAACGAAUUUUCCGAAAACCGCUACUUGACCGAAAGAAGACGUCAAGCUUUGAGCGCCGAGCUGGGCCUCAACGAAGCCCAGAUCAAAAUUUGGUUUCAAAAUAAACGUGCAAAAAUCAAGAAAGCUUCCGGCCAAAAAAAUCCUCUAGCUUUACAGCUGAUGGCCCAGGGCUUGUACAAUCACAGCACCAUACCGCUGUCCAAGGAGGAAGAGGAACUAGAAAUGCAAUCGCAAGGCAAAAUUUCGUAGCUUCCUUUUUUGUGAUACGUACGAGAAAAAUAUUCAGUUCGUUGACGAAAAUAAACCGGGAGACUAGUUUUUACGAUUCCUCCGCAUUGUUUCUUAAUUCUUCAUUUCUCAGAGAAUCAAGAGUCGCGAAGGGAAGAAAAAAACCGAAUGUCCAGCUUCAUUUAAACACAAUCGCUUGGUGUGUGGCGAGAUCGACUUAAUUUUUUAAUUUCUCUUUUAAGUUUCGAAUCCGGUGAGUUUAUUUCGACGUAAUUAUGUUGACCGGUUCGAUGAAAUCUCUGCAGCACUUAUGCAGUUUAACUCAUUUAUGAAAAUUCCAAUUUUAUACUUACUUGUAUUAGAUUUCACUUUGAAAAAUCGGCAUUUCAAAAAACUGCUUUACAUUUGUAUGUGUAGAAAUUAUUGAAAAAUCUUAAAAGGUAUCUGAUGGAACUUUCCAUUUUUUUGGAUUUUUAUAAUUUAUCUAUGAUAUAAUUUAUUGAUUAUCAAUACCAACAAUGAUUCUUUAUCUGGAUCUAGUUACAGUUUGAUUUUCUAUUGGAGUCAAGAGCAUUUACUGCAUAGUGCUGAUUUGCUAAACUAUAGAACUGAAUAUUUGUAAAUACCUAUCUAUUAAAUUACAAUUAGAAUAUGUAUCGUGCAUGUAAAUCUACAAAAAAAAUGUGUGUAAAAUUAUGUAAAUUGAGAAAUAUUAUGACUAUAUUGUUAUUUGUAAUUAGAGAUUUUUAUUAUCUGUCUGUGAAACGAUUAUUAUUAUAAUUAUUAGGCUAAAUGUAAGUUUAUAGCGUUUGAAAUUUUUCUAAAAAAUAGUUUCGACUUUUAAAUUUACCGAUUAGAAAAUUAUAGAUGUCUCUUUAAAUUAUUAUUAUCAUUGUACAAUGUUUUCGCCCUUCUUGUAAAAAUGGAAAGUACCUAUUU